UUUUCCCUCUGCAGCGGGAAGAUCUCUUACUACACCCACCCCCCCAAAACUCGGGGGGAGCAGCUGGAAGCCCAAAUCCUGCCGGCGCUGGGGCCGGCGCUGGACCUGGAGGCGCUGGAAAGGGGGGACGCCGAGGCCUUAGCGGCUGUCCCAGCGACGGUGACGGGCAUCGGGCUGUCCCCAUGUGUCCCCGAGAUGGAGGAAGAGGAGGAAAAAUCCAGUGGGGAGGAAGAAACGGCGAUGGAGGAUGAUGGUGGUGACCUGGAGCUCGGCGCGGUGACGGUGGAGCUGAAGCCCCGGGUGAAAACGGGGGGUUGUGGGGAGGGGGCCGUACCCCGAGCCCCCCGUUUGGAAGAAGUGGCCGCCCUCGACCCACUGCUGCAGGGCCAGGGGCUGCAGGCGGCAGGCAAACGCAGGAAAAAACUGCAAAAAAGAGCAGAGAAAAUUGCCACGAAGCUUUCAGAAACACUGGAGGCAGCCAUGCAGUUCUGAGAAUUAGGUGUUUAUUAUAUUAUUUUUGGUUAAAAUAAUUAAAAAA